GCAAUGUUGACUUUGAAACAAUUAGUCGGAGAAAGAUCGCGGACCAUACAGGAGGUUCUUAUCAAUUAAAAAUUCAUUGUUAAGAAGUUUGGAAACCAGGAAGUGAAAGCCAAAAUGAGUUCAAUCGUAGUUGAUGAAGAUCUUACACCCGAGCAAAUUGCUGUUUUGCAAAAGGCUUUCAACAGUUUCGAUAAUCAAAAAAGUGGCAGUAUUCCAACCGAAAUGGUGGCGGAUAUUUUGCGCUUGAUGGGUCAACCUUUUGAUAAGAAAAUCCUCGAAGAACUUAUUGAAGAAGUUGAUGAAGAUAAAUCCGGCCGUUUGGAAUUUGGUGAGUUCGUACAAUUGGCUGCCAAAUUCAUUGUUGAAGAAGAUGCCGAAGCGAUGCAAAAAGAAUUGCGUGAAGCUUUCCGUCUGUAUGACAAACAAGGCAACGGUUAUAUUCCCACAACCUGUCUUAAGGAAAUCCUUAAAGAAUUGGACGAUCAAUUGACUGAUCAUGAAUUGGAUAUUAUGAUUGAGGAAAUUGAUUCGGAUGGUUCUGGAACAGUUGAUUUUGAUGAAUUCAUGGAAAUGAUGACAGGCGAAUAAUAGCAAACGCAACGGCACCAAAAACAAAAAAAAAAGAUCACCUCUACUCUACCUGUGUGUGUGUGCUUAAUUAAAUGUUUAAACGUUUAAUUUAAAAAUGAAAUGUAUUAUCUAAUUUUAUUUUUUAUACUAAACUGAAAAAAACAACAAAAAUGUAUCACCCAUCGCACACUUUUAUAACGGUAACAAAAUAAAUAACCAACACAAUUCACAAAA